GUUGUGAAAAUUCAGAUACAAAUCUCUGAUUCACAUGUGAAUUUUCGAUGUUAAUUGUUUGCGACUUAAAAGUUCUGUUAUUGUAAAUUGUUUUGGAUUUCUUGGUUAACAAUGGCUGCUGAAUUGGUUCAACAAGGAGCUGAAGCGCGAAUCUAUUUUCUGGAUUAUGUUGGUUUCCCUGCAGUUCGCAAAGAAAGGUUUAUCAAAACCUAUCGACAUCCACAAUUGGAUGAAAGAUUAACUAAAUCCAGAGUGAGAGCUGAGGUCAAGGCAAUACACUGUUUAAAAACUAAAUCAGCUCUAUUGUCAAAAUCAAUGCCAACCAUUCUUGGUGUAUCAAAUAACGAUAUAAUCAUGACAAGAAUCGAAAAUGCUUCAACCUUUCAAGAAAAUAUUUUGUCAGAAAUUACUAAAUCAAAUGACCGAGUAGAGCAAUUAUUUGACCAAGUUGGAGUUGUGAUAAGUGAAAUUCAUAAAAGUGGUCUAAUACAUGGAGAUCUAACAACAUCCAACUUUAUGAUUAAAGACGAUGGUACAAUUGUUCCAAUUGAUUUCGGUUUAUCGUCAUUUAGUUCAUCGAUAGAAGAUCAAGCAGUUGAUUUGUAUGUGUUAGAAAGAUCACUUUUAACGCUUGGAUUUGACACAAGUCACUUUUUCGCUAUACUUCUCGCCCGGUAUGAAAAAGAAAUGGGAAAACCAGGAUUAUCUAUUAUAAAAAAGUUGGAUGAGGUUAGAGCUCGUGGACGUAAAAGAGAUAUGGUUGGAUAAUAUUAACAUCAUUUUCAAAUUACACUGUAUAAUGUUAAAUUUUUAUUAAAUUUUCUAAGAGAUAUUGUACAUUACAUCUCUAUAAAACUCUUUGUAACAAUAGGCUGUGCGGACUUUAAUAUUCCAAUUUUGAAGUACGUUUAUCAUGGAUUUUAAAUUCAUUAUCAUAUGUUCUGCUUCCAUUUAAACUUGAUUUUUGUCUAAACUGCAGAAUUUCUACAUCGUUUGAAUUUGUGUUCCCCGUGCUUUUACAUGACUACUAUGGAUUCUGAUAAUAUUGAUGGUUACAAAAAAGAGCUUUUAAAUGCCAGAGUAAUGCUGAAAGCCAGACGAAGACUUGAUGCACAAGAGAAACUCGAAAAAUUGGUCGACGAUUUAAGACCAAGAGAUGAAAAUUUAUUGCUCGAAACGUUAAUAACGUUAGCUGAUCUAUUGGAUGACAUGGGAUAUCAUACAGAUUCAUUGAGUAGAAGAAAUGAAGCUGUUGAUCUAUCGAUAAAACUAUUUACUGUUAAGCACAAGAAAGUAGCUGAUCAGUUGAUCGCUCGAGCUAAUACAACCUGGACUCUUCUGGAUAAACACGAAGAGCGAACUUUGAUACUCAAAUAUGCCAACGAAACUAAAUCAAGUAUUCGUGAUGCAGUUAAAUUGUUGAAAAUGCUCCCUACUUAUCCAAAUAUUGAUAAAGUAAUGGCUGAUUUGAGACAGAAGUUAACAUGUGCCAUCAUGAUUAUCGAAGCUAAUUCUAAGAUUAAUGGAGUGAUGCAAAGCAAAUCGAACCUGCAAAAUGGAGGAAUUGCUCAGAGUAGCGAGACUGAAGAUCAGAUCAUGCUCGACGAGCCAUACGCUAUCUAAUCCUUGCUGACAGCAUAUGAUACUUCUGGUUGAUUUGGUUAAGUCUUGAAAUCGAUAUUUCUUUAUAAGAAAUAACCAGAUAACAUGAACAUUAAAAAACAUUUCAUUUAA